UCCACCACCUCACACCUUUCUUUUUUCUUUCUUAUAUAUACACAAUUUACAAUCCAAACAUUCCCCAAACUAUAUCAUCUCAUUUUAUUUUCCUAGACAAAAUAUAUGUGUUUGCAAUUGUUGCUUGUGGAAUUCUAGUUUAUUUGAAAAAGAGCACUAAAUUGUUACCUUAGAGAUGGAACAAAAAAUGAACAAUUCUAGGAUUGAAUCACCAAAGAAAAGACCAUUUCAUGAAGACUAUGAUGAUAUUAUAGAUGGUUCUUUCUUUUCUUCAGAUUCUGAAGUUUCAAAUGGUAAUUCAUCAUCAGAAUUAUCAGAAUCUGAUUCAUUUGAAGAUGUUACAUCUCCUACUUCAUCUUCUUCAUCCUCAUCUACUCAUCAACUUGCAGAAGCUGAUCCAUUAAGUGAUAUGUCUUCUUUGUUUCAACAACUUCCAAUCAAGAGGGGACUUUCAAAAUUCUACCAAGGAAAGUCACAAUCUUUUACUUCAUUAACAAAUGUGAAGAGUUUAGAAGAUCUUGCAAAGCCAGAGAGUCCUUACAACAAGAGAUUGAAGUCAUGUAGAAGCUAUGGAGGGUUUUAUGAGAGCCAAGAAUCAAGUUUUAAAUCUAUGUCAAGGCUUGUUUCUAAGAGGGGGGUGAAUUCAGCAAGUUCAAGGGGUUCAUGUUCUUCUUUGAAUGCAAGAAAGGGUAGUGGAAGUAACUUUAUGGGUAGUAGGCCACCAAUUCAUCCUCAUAAUAGAUCAUCUACUAGCACCAACAAUAUCUCUAAUCAAACUGCUUUGUUUGCUUGAAAGGGAUUAUGUGAUGUUUUUUGUUUAAUCAAAUUUUUUGAUGUUGUUAAUUUAUGGAGUUGUGAUUUGCGGAUAUUUUGUAGUGUAAUGUUAAUCACUAAUUAGUUUUGAUGAAUGAAAUCACUAAUUAGUUUUGAUAAAUGAAAAGUGAGAGGGGAAAAUGAAAUGAAAAGAAAAUCAAAUCAGAUUUUUAAAUUGCAAU